AUGUCCAAUCAGUCAGGCAUCACGGCCAAUGAGGCGCUGCUAAGCCAAAUUGGGUCUUUGAUCAAUGAUACCUCGAGCGGCGCCGUUGUCGUUGCAGAAAUCUCUCUCGAUAACACUACAGUUGGACUGCACUCUGUGCUGCCCAGCUUGGAGAAACUGCGGGACUUUGCUUCUCAAAAUGUCGAGCCUCUGUACUUCUUCAUACGCGAAGGAUCCGGUAUCAUUUUCGUGUCUUACGUCCCCGAAACGUCGCCAGUGCGUGCUAAAAUGCUUUACGCCUCGACUAAAAACACCGUGUUGAGACAGGUUGGGUCGAAUCAUGUCUCACAGCAACUGCUGUUAUCUUUGCCCGAGGAAUUGACUUCAGAGACUUGGAGUUCUCUUGGUUCCGGGGAAAAUGCACCCUUAACCGAGGCGGAACAGAUCAGCAGUAGCAUUUCCGAGCAACAGCAAUUGGAACACGCCAGGGGCGGCCAUCAACUUGUUUCGCAAACAGGAGGCACAUCCCAUACCCUGUCAUUCAAAAUUUCGAGUGGACAGCCCAUUCCCGACCUUUUGGAAAAAUACAACUUGCUCAUCUUCAGUAUCAAUCUCGCCAAAGAACAAGUGGAAGUGUUGGAAACCACUCAAAUCUCUGAAACUUCACAGAUUAUUUCGUUUUUGAGAAGUGACCACCCAACAUACAAUCUUUACAAUAGCCAGGGAAAAUUGCAUUUCAUUUAUAGCUGUCCAUCAGGCAGCAAAGUCAAGGAGCGCAUGUUGUACGCAUCUAACAAGUCCGGGUUCAUUACACACCUAGCUGACGUGGAUAAAUUGACAUUGGACUCAGUCUCAGAAAUCGGGGACGCUUCGGAGCUUGAGCUCUCGAAGCUGGACCACCCCACAGCAAAAGUGCUGGACACUUCGAAGCCAGCACCAGGCCAGCUCAAAUUCAGUAGACCCAAGAGACCCGGCAGAAGAGCCUAG